CUCUAUGGUUCCUCCCUUGGGAUUCUGCCUCUCGGUGGUGGCGCCUUCGGUCCUGCAGGCAGGCUCCGGGUCGCGACACCAUGGACGGUUACGACUCAGAGGAUUUCUCGUCAUCCGAGGAAGACGAAGACUACGUACCCUCCGGUGGAGAAUAUAGUGAAGAUGAUGUGAAUGAGUUAGUGAAGGAAGAUGAAGUGGAAGAUGAAGUGGAGACACAGGAAAAUGAAGGCAAAAAAGGGAAUUCCAAAGAGAAAAAAAGAAAGUCUGCAGGUGUUGUCCCCAGGAAAAGAAAAAAAGGUGGGCUCUUAAUAGAAGCCCAGGAAGAUACAGAAGACAAGAUAGAAGCAGAACUAGAUGGAAGGAGUGGGGAAGAGGAAGAAAAAGCAGUGGAACCAGAAAAACACAUUACAUCAGAGGAGGAGAAAAAAAGACAAGAUGAUGCCCUCUGGGCAAGCUUCCUCAGUGAUGUGGGACCAAAAGCACAAGCUCGACCUCCAAAAAGUCAAGUGAAGACAGAAGGAGAAGGCCAAGAGAGGAAUUCAGACAAGUUCCAUGUGACAGCAAAAGAGCCAGAGCAACCUAGCAAAAGUGAAAAAGUGAAAAUCACCAGGGUGUUUGAUUUUGCUGGUGAAGAGGUCAGGGUGACUAAGGAAGUAGAUGUAGCAUCAAAAGAAGCCAAGAGCUUUUUCAAGCAGAAUGAGAAAGAAAAGCCACAGACUAGUGUCCCGUCAGCACCAUCGGCACUUCCAACAGGCUCAGGCCUGAAAAGACCAAGUGGCAUGAGCAGCCUUUUGGGAAAAAUUGGAGCCAAGAAACAGAAAUUGAGUACCCUAGAGAAAUCUAAACUGGAUUGGGAAAGCUUCAAGGAGGAAGAAGGCAUUGGUGAAGAACUGGCUAUCCAUAAUCGAGGAAAAGAAGGGUACAUUGAAAGGAAAGCUUUCCUGGAGCGAGUGGAUCACAGACAGUUUGAAAUUGAACGGGAUCUCAGGCUGAGCAAAAUGAAGCCUUGAUAGCAUUGGAGAGAUGCUCUGGCAGCUCGUCCUUGCUUACAGUAUGUCUGAGAAGCCUCUCCUGUCCUGCAUACCGGCUGGUUCAUGGAAAGAAAGGAGUCCAGUGUUCUGUUUUCCGUGUUGAAGCUCACUCUGUAUAUCUUGAUUUCACCUGGUGUCAUUUAUUUUCUUUUUAGAAGUUAUUACUGUGGGAAACCCUUCUGGGACUGAUGAAGAGGACAAUCCCCUUUGUUGUUUCCUUCCCUUCUGUACAGCAGAGAGUGUGGUCUUAUCUAGUCCACCUCUAACAGAUUGAACAGCUGGCAGUAAUUUUUCCCAGCUCUAUUCUGCCUGUGGUGGAGAGAGGACCUCAGCCUAGCUACGGACAGUUAGCCCAGGUUUGCUGAAAUCAUUGGGACUCUUAUUAGAGCUCAUCUUUUGCCUCAGUACCAAGGAUGCUGAGAAGAUAGGAUGCAGGCACACUUCUUCUGGUCAAAGGCCAGUUCACUGGACAGUUUUGUAUUCAGCUCUCCUGUGUCUUGUCUCUCACUCUCUCUUCCCCCAACCCUUUCCCACCCUUUCCUCCCUCCUUCUUUCCCUUCCUCUUUCUCUCCCCUCCCCUUCCUAGGGUGGGACUCCUGUUAGCAUAAUGUGAAACUGAAAUUAUGGACAUGUUGUUGCUCAAUUGAAAUUUGUUUUUCCUUUAGCAUUUUCUUCUUUCCAAAUUAAAAGCCAGUUUUUCUAGACUCAAUCCUUCUACCAAACCUCUUGCCCCAUUGUUUGCCAGAGAACAUUCUCAGACUUUCUUCCCCAUCUCUCAUGAGAAAAUUAAGACACCCAAACCUCAAGUUGGCUUCAGGAUUUCUCUUGGGAGCAGCCAGGAGGAACAGUGAUAGGUUUAUGUUGGGAUAGGAACAGGGAGCUUGGACCAAACCAUUCACAAAAAUAAAAGCAUUAAAGCUUA